AUGGAGAGGGGUGGAGAAGGGGGCGUGUCUGAGUGUGCGGCUCUGCCCCUCAUCUCCUGCUGCCGCCCGUGGUGGGGGGGAGGGGGGCCGGGCCCUGCAGGAGAGGCGGACCCCCUUGUGGCCGCUGAUUCGGGAGCAAGGUUGGGGGGCGGAGAGGGAUGGAGAGGGGUGGAGAAGGGGGCGUGUCUGAGUGUGCGGCUCUACCCCUCAUCUCCUGCUGCCGCCCAUGGUGGGGGGGAGGGGGGCCGGGCCCUGCAGGAGAGGCGGACCCCCUUGUGGCCGCUGAUUCGGGAGCAAGGUUGGGGGGCGGAGAGGGAUGGAGAGGGGUGGAGAAGGGGGCGUGUUGGGGGGCGGAGAGGGAUGGAGAGGGGUGGAGAAGGGGGCGUGUCUGAGUGUGCGGCUCUGCCCCUCAUCUCCUGCUGCCGCCCGUGGUGGGGGGGAGGGGGGCCGGGCCCUGCAGGAGAGGCGGACCCCCUUGUGGCCGCUGAUUCGGGAGCAAGGUUGGGGGGCGGAGAGGGAUGGAGAGGGGUGGAGAAGGGGGCGUGUCUGAGUGUGCGGCUCUGCCCCUCAUCUCCUGCUGCCGCCCGUGGUGCGGGGGAGGGGGGCCCUGCAGGAGAGGCGGACCCCCUUGUGGCCGCUGAUUCGGGAGCAAGUUUGUUGGAGGAGAAAGGGGAAGGGAAGGGAGGGGGAGAGAGGGGAGGGGAGUAG